UAGCCUUGGAUUAAAUGUCUACUGUAAACAUGUCCUGGGAUGAGUUGGGUAAAAGAUAUGGUGCAGCUGUACCAUAAUGGAUAAUUCCCUCAUAUAUUCUGUCUCCAAACAGGAUCAUCUUUCUCCCUCUCUGUACCUCUUUCUGUGGACUUCAUCAGACAAGCAAUUUCAUUUUGACCAUGGGAAGCAUACUUUUUCAGAACCAUACAGACAAGCAACAAAGCUAUCGUGGAAAUUUCUCAACUUGUAGUGACAGCCACAAUAAAGCUCAUUGGUUCUAUGACCAAGUCUUCAGUAUAGUAUUCGUAUCCAAACCUGAUUUAACUCUCCAGGUCAUUUUUAUUCUUACCAUCCUUAUAAGCCUCAUAGGGAUGGUGGGGAAUGGAAGUGUUAUUUGGAUGCUUGUUUUCUGCAUUAAGAAAAAUAAUUUCACUAUCUAUGUCUUGAACCUAGCCAUUGCUGAUUUUGGUACACUUAUGGGUAUAUCUGCUUUCAAUUUAAUUACUGUAUUAAAAAUGACUGGGAUCCAAAAAAUACACUGGUUUUUCUGGCAAUUCAUUAUUUUCCCAUAUUCUGUGGGUUUAUAUCUUCUGACAGCCAUUGGUGUAGAGAGAUGUCUUUCCAUUCUCUUCCCCAUAUGGGUCCGUUGUCACCGGCCAAAAUAUAUUUCCAUCAUGGUAUCAGUCCUGUUCUGGAUAGCAUCUGCCCUGUUUACUCUAACUGAAUUCCUGCUUCAUCAUUUUUGCUUAUUAGUUCCUUGGAUUACACUUUUAAGGAUCGUUUUCAGUGUAAAUCUCUUUAUCUUCACACCAGUCAUGGUGGUUUCCACUCUGAUCCUGUUUAUCAAGAUGUGCUUUCGACAUCAGUCAGGAAAGCUCCACACCAUUAUGCUAAUCAUUCUCAUCUUCUUCAUUAUCACUAGUAUUCCGUAUGGCAUUUUCUUCUUCUUGUCCGUCAUUGAUUAUGAUUUUCACGUUAUCGCAAUUCCAAUUUAUAACCUGUUAGUUACUUUGAACAGCAGCAUUAACCCAAUCAUUUACUUUUUUGUUGGGAAUCGGUGCAACUGUAAAUCCUGGGAAUCCAUCAAAGUUGUGUUUCAAAAUGUUUUUAAAGAUGAAGCAGAACUUACAGAAGUAGGUUGAAUAUUAAUGACCUAAUAAGGAAACAAGGAAACAGAAAUUCCAAUUCAGAUUAUGCUAAAAAUCACAUAUUUGGAUAAAGAGUCUUAUUGAAAUCAUAGAAUGUAAAAACCGAAAAGGAGUGAAGGCAACUCA